AUGCUUAAGCGCAAAAGUUCAGACUUCAGUUUUUCAACUCUGCUUGAAGGUGCUGCUGUUACCAAGCACUUCCCUGGCUCUGAAAACACCAUCCCUUCAUCUGGAAAAGAUGAAGUGCCCAGCUGCUUGUUCAACGCUGCAUCGAAGCAAGGGUUUGCUAUCUACAUAGAUGACCCAGAAGAUAAAGAAAACUACAGCUACCAAGUGUCUGAAGAGCUGGAAUCAAGCCAGUGUGACCUGAAUACUAGUGCAAUGACAUCCAGUAUUCACCUGCUAUUGGAUCUGAGUUCAGGAUCUCCUAUGGUAGUGGACACAUCCUUCCAGUCCCAGCCUGAGGAUCACAUGGAAGAUGUCAUAACUCUGACUGUGGAAGAGUAUGCAGAAGACAUCCAUCAGUACCUCCGAGAGGCUGAACUAAGAUUCAGGCCCAAGCCCUAUUACAUGAAGAAGCAACCAGAUAUCACAACAGGAAUGCGUGCCAUCUUGGUAGACUGGCUGGUGGAAGUAGGGGAAGAGUAUAAACUUCGGACAGAGACUUUGUACUUGGCUGUGAACUUCCUGGACAGGUUUCUUUCCUGCAUGUCUGUUCUCAGAGGGAAGCUGCAGCUUGUAGGAACAGCAGCGAUUCUUCUGGCUGCGAAGUACGAAGAGAUCUACCCACCAGAAGUGGAUGAAUUUGUCUAUAUAACAGAUGAUACCUACACAAAGAAGCAGCUGCUAAGAAUGGAGCACCUGCUUCUCAAAGUGCUUGGUUUUGAUCUAACAGCCCCAACCAUCAACCAGUUCCUCCUUCAGUAUAUUCAGAGAUGUGGAGUCUGUAUGAGGACAGAGAACUUUGCAAGGUAUCUUGCAGAGCUGAGUCUUCUUCAAGCUGAUCCUUUUCUGAAGUACCUCCCUUCACAAAUUGCUGCAGCAGCCUACUGUCUAGCAAACUAUACAGUGAACAGAUCUUUCUGGCCAGAAACACUUGCUGUGUUCACUGGGUAUUCAUUAAGUGAGAUAGUGCCUUGCCUGAGUGAUCUGCAUAAAGCAUGCCUUGAUGCUCCCCAUUGCCAGCUGCAAGCUAUUAAGCAGAAGUAUAAGCACACAAAGUACCUGCAGGUGUCUCUUCUGGAGCUCCCAGCAGUUCUUCCUCUACAGUAGAGACUGGAUUCUGGACUUGAAGAUUACUUUGUCCCAAUCAACAAAGCUGGUCUGACAUUUCAUAGAGCACUGCAGGUCAUGUGUCUGUAACCAUAGUGAUCAGAAUGGUUUUAAGCUUAUAUUUUUUAAUGAGAUGCCUUUUUUAAAGAGAAUAUUAGACUAUAGCUCUUAACAUAACUGACAGCACUUUUAAUAAAUGUCUUAUU